AUGACGAGAGACUGGACCGAGUUUUUGAGCGAAGAGGCGUUGUUGAGAAAGCGUUCGGUGAUGGCGUUCCCGAAGGGAGACGUGAUUUCGUUGGCGGUGGGGCUUCCGAACCCGGCGUGCUUCCCGCUGAAGGGCGUCGAGCUCGACGUGGAAUCGCCGGGGUCGCAGUUCCGCAAGACGGAGCGGAUCGGGUACACGAUCGACACGCAUCCGGACCAGCUGGUGGACUCGUGCCAGUACAUGUCGUCGCGAGGACUCGCCCACUUCGACGAGUGGGUCAAGGCGUACGUGGAGAAGUACUUCCUGCCGGGGUACGCCGGGUGGAAGUACCUCGUGCAGUCGGGCGCCACGCAGUCGUUGGACGCCAUCUUCCGGAUGUUACUGAACCCGAACGAGGACACGGUGCUCUGCGAGAAGUUGACGUACUCGUGCUUCUUGGAAACGUGCAUCCCCUUCCGGGUGAAGCUCUUCUCCGUGGAGAUGGACGACUUCGGGGUGGUUCCCGAGAAGAUGGACGAGCUUUUGUGCGGGUGGUCGGCCGCCGGCUCCGCCACAGAGGGCCUCAAGAAGCCCAAGGUCUUCUACACAAUGCCCACGGGCCACAACCCGACGGGGAUCACGCUCUCCACGGAGCGCCGCAGAGCGCUCAUGGAGGUGUGCAACAAGCACAACAUCCUUGUCAUCGAGGACGACCCGUACUACCACUUGCAGUUGGACGACGCCGCAAACAUCCCUUCCCUCUUGAAGUUCGACGUCGAGGGCAGAGUCAUCCGGAUCGACUCCUUCUCCAAGAUGUUGAUGCCCGGCUUGAGGGUCUCCAUCGUGACCGCCAACGACCUCUUCAUAGACAAGCUCUCGAUGCACAACGAGUUGUCGAUCCACUCCGCCUCCGCAAACUCCCAGUUGGUGCUCGAGAUGAUCUUCUCCAAGUGGGGCGACGGCGGCUUCGACGCCUGGUUGAGACACCUACAGUCCAUGUACCGCCGGAGAAGAGACGUCAUGCUGGGCGCGUUUGACAGGUACCUCCCAAAGUCUUUGGUCACCUACAACAGGCCUAACCACGGCAUGUUCAUCUGGGUCAACGCCAAGCUCGACCAGUUUGCCCAGCCGUCCGACUCGACGCUGAAGGACUACGAGUGGGCCACCCACGUGGAAGACGAGAUCUUCAGGGUUGCCAGCGAAAAGUACAAGGUCAUCUUGACCAAGGGCCACUGGUUCAUGCAGGACAAACACACCGUGUGUUCGGGCUUCCGGGCCACCUACGCCUUUGCAAGUGAGGACGAAAUGGUGAAGGGCGCAGAGCUCUUCGGAAAGGCCAUCUCCGAUGUGCACAGCUCUCUAUCCGGCUAA